UCCUUCUCCUUUAAUUUCAUCCUUUAUAUCAAACUAAAUCCGUGUAUAUAUACCUGGAUUAGCGAUCUAAUAUCAAAUUAGAGAAACAUGACAAAGGUAACAAUCUAUUUUUUCACAUUUUUAGUAUUCACAUCUUGUAUGGUAAAUUUGAGUUAUGCUACAACGACUCAAAAUCCCACAACAUCAACAUGGGCAGAAACAAAGUCAUACGGCCGUGGGUACGAGCGCAAAACGGUCCUACAAUUCUACUUCCACGACAUCAGAACCGCGGUUAGCGUUGAGCCCACAACCGCCUCCUUGAUAGCGCAACCCAUACAAGGCAGCAACAACUUUACCUCGGGCUUCGGCAACCUAUAUAUGGUAGAUGAUCCGCUCACUCUAACCCCAGACCGUAACUCCAAGUUGGUAGGACGUGCACAAGGUUUCUAUGGUUCGGCAUCACAACAAGUCGUAAAUUUUGUCACCGGGUUGACGUAUGGAUUUGUUGAUGGCAUCUAUAAUGGGAGUUCCCUAGUCAUUUUCGGCUCUAACCCGAUUGCGAAUCCGGUGAGGGAGCUCCCCGUCGUUGGUGGGACGGGGGUUUUUAGGAUGGCUCGUGGAUAUGCUAUUGCUCGAACUUAUUUUCAUAAUAAUACACUUCAUAAUGCUAUUGUUGGGUAUAAUGUUACAGUCUUUCAUGCUUAGAACAUUAAUUACAAGGGUUAGGUUACAUAUUGAUGUAUGAUUUAUUUUAUGUUUGAAUCAUGUAAUUCAUGUGGUAGUUAGUUGACAAUGGGGAAGGACAGAUACAAUGGGAAGGAAAAGUUGGUCAAACUCAAGUAAGGCGGCUCCCUUUAGUAAAGUAAGCAAAUGUGACGUUUUAACAAUCUCCCUUAUAAAAAUGAAAUAAAAUAUGUUGGUGAGUAUUGUAUAAAUUACCUAAAGAUCGAUGUGCAACUUUAAAUCCAGUAUAAAUCAUAUUUGUCUUAACAAGGUUAUUGCUAAUUAAAUAAUUUUCUUCAUUGGUGAAUUAGUGAUGACGACAUGUUAUACAGACUUUGUUCAAAAGAUUGUUAAUGUUUAUGAGAAAAAACAUGCCAUAUGUUCAAG